AUGAGAUCCCUGACCGAUGUGGCGAGCCGGGAGGGCAAACUUGAAUACAGCAGAUGUAACUGCUGUUGUGGAGGAAUGGUAUGCGCGGCAAAAUGGGAUUCCACCUGGGCAAGCCACAGCCCCGCAUCCCCCGUGAAUGAAGGCAAACCUGAAGCCAUGCUUUUGUCGGAAGGAUCGUCUGUCAGAAAGGGGCAGAAGAUGAUGAAGAUAAAGAUAUAUCCUUGUCAGUCCUGUCAUACCUAUCUAAUAUUAUUAAUAUUUGCAGCUUUAACUAUAUCUGGACAUGCUCAAUAUGAUGGAGAUAUUGCCUUGGAUUUCAGUGGCUUAGCUAAAAUUUAUUUUCGUGGUAAAUGGACAGCUAUUUGUGCGUCAAAAGGUUUUACAAUUCAAUCACGAGUGUUGUGUCGGAGUUUUGGUCAAAAAUUUUCAACUUAUUUAUUAGAUAGUUCAAAUUUACCAAUCUCAGUCGGUGAUUUAACAUGCAGAGGUGAUGAAAACUCACUAGCAGCUUGCAAUUAUAAUUUUGGUUCAACUAAGAGUUGUUCAUAUAGCAAGCUUUAUGUUCGGUGCCAGGAAGACUUAACUAAAGCAUUUUGCCCAUUUGAUAACGACAUUUGUGGAAUGGUUAAUGAAGGCACAGCAGCUUAUAAAUGGCAACGUGUUCAUCCCUAUACAUCCAGACUGCCAGGACAAUCAAUACCCAAAAGUGAUCACACGACUGAAAGUUAUAAAGGAAAAUAUAUGCUUGCUUCUGCAACUGGUUUCCCUGGACAAAAAACAACUUUGAGAACAAAACCCACCAGUGGAAAUGUUGGGAGUAUCAGUUUCUACUAUCACAUGUUUGGAAGUGACAUGGGAAGCCUAAAUGUCUAUAUUCAAAGUCAUAAUUCUAGAAAAAAAUCUAUUGGAUCUAUAUCAGGCAAUCAAGGCAUUGGAUGGAAAUAUCUGUGUCUUCCCGUGAAUGAGGGAUAUAGGAAUCAUGAAAUCAUAUUUGAAGCUAUCCAAGGAAAUGGUUUUGACAGUGAUAUUGCCCUUGAUGAUGUCACCUUAUCAGAAAAUAGCUGUUCAAAUCACUGGAAUGCAAGUUGUGAUUUUGAGAGUGGCACUUGUGGUUAUGAUAUUGAAAACAUGAAUGAUAUACGCAGAGGUUGGAGACUUAGCCCAAAUAAUACAAAUGGAAUUUCUUCUCGUUCUGCUAACUACCUGCUAUUUACUUCACGUUACAAUUCAGAGAUAAGACACUCUAUAAAGUCACCUAUGAUUGAUAUUCCAAAUGAAAGGAUGAAACUUGAAUUUCUCUAUUAUAUGCCUGGGACUAAAGCUCAAGAACUACAAGUAAGAUUUGUGGAAGAUGAACUUAAACCAUGGUUUUAUAAAACACCAUAUUUCUGGCAAGAUUCUGGAGACCAUGGAACUGAGUGGCAAUAUGGUUGCAUGGAUUUACCAAGUACACGUGGAAGAAUUGUAUUCACUGGUAUUGCUGAAAAUAGCUAUUCAACCUUGGGUCUUGAUGAUUUAGUUAUUGAUAAAGGCAACUGUCGAACUGGGAUCGCAAAUCAUGUAUGCACGUUUAAUAAUCCACUGCUCUGUCAAUAUGAAAUUAGUUGUAUGAACCCUCAGGAAUAUAUAUGGAGGACGGGGAAGGGAGCAACUCCAUCAAGUGAAACUGGGCCUAGCACUGAUUAUUCAAAAAAAACCAAUGGAUACUAUAUGUAUGCAGAUGCUUCUUAUGGAAAGCCUAAUGCUAGAGCAGAACUGAAAUUUCUAGUUUCUAAUGUCAAAGGGAAAAAUCUGAAGUUUGUAUACAACAUGUUUGGAAGUGAAAUUGGUCAGCUAUAUGUCAUAUUUAACACUAGUAAAUCAUUAGCUAAACUAUCUUCAAGCAAAGAAAUAGUUUGGACAAUGAAAGGAAAUAAAGGAAAAUAUUGGCUCAAAGCAUGUGUACCUAUUACAAAUGACAUAAGUGAAAUCAUAUUUGUAGCUGUAAGAGGAUCUUCAUACAAAGGAGACAUUGCAAUAGACAAUGUGGCAAUUGAAGAAAAAGGAUGCCCUGGUCCUUUUGACUGUGACUUUCAAAGCAAAACAUGCAAAUAUACAGUAUACAAAUAUAGUCUUGCAUGGAGAAUUGUAUCCCAAAAUUCAACUUCAAGCGACACAAACAAAUACUUAUACAUUUAUUCAAGAACAAAUACUGAAAAUGCAAACUUUCAAAUACAGUCACCUCAAGCAGAUGUGAAGGAAAAUUCUAGUGUCACCUUCAAAUACCGAAUGAGAGGAAAUAUGAAAGAGUUUGCACUAAUUACUUAUGACUCUUAUUCACGGAAUGAAUUGUGGUCUUCAAAUUUUAAUGAUAUUAAAAAAUUCACCACAGCAUGUGUAGAUUUCCCAGUUUCAACAAAUUUCGGGCUGAUCUUUCAGAUGACAGCAAAUGUUAAUUCCAGAGGGAACACAUAUGGAUACCUGGAUGACAUAGAAGUCCACAAUGAAACAUGCAAAUUGGGUCUUACAUACCAUUUUUGCAAAUUCAAAGAAGUACAUCUGUGUAAUUUCCAUGUUGAAUGUCCAGAGAAUACCAGAUAUAACUGGAGCCAAGGUUUUUCUUCAGAUUACCGUGAUAUUCCACAUCAUCGUGGCAACCCAUACUAUUACAUGUAUGUUGAUUCUAUAAAUGGCAAACCUGAAGACGUGACACAUCUUUCUUUUCCAAAUGUUGAACCCCCAGCAGACCAUAGUUUAUACUUUGAUUAUUAUCUCCAACAAGGCUCUGGCAAACUUCAGCUUCAUCUUGAAAAUUCAGAGGGAAAGAAACUUGUAUUUGAAGAAUUAGGUGUCAUUCAAUCAGGAUUAUGGAAUUCUGUUUGCGUCAACAUUAAAAAUACCACAAACACUAAUAUUGUAUUUACCGCUACUAGGGGCUAUAAAUUUGGUGCAUUUAUUGGCUUGACGAAUGUAGGCUUCAAACCAGAAGUUUGUGAAGACAGAAAUAUUUCCUGUGGUUUCACAGAAGGCACAUGCCAGUAUGGCAACUUAAAUUACUACUCAAAAUGGGAAAGAAUAAAUUCAAGAAAUGAUACUAACCUAACAGAUGGCUUUUAUAUGAAAACUAGAUUGAACUAUGGUGGAAGCAUGUUGGCAUCUCCAACUGAAAAUAUCACCAACAGCUGUGUACAAAUUAGAUAUAAGAUAACCAACAAAAAUUGCCAGCUGACCAUCUAUAAUGCCUUUAACAACAACACUAAUUUAAGUAUGGUGAGUGAUGAUACAACUCCAUGGGGAAUAGCUCAAGUGUAUAUUCAGCAAGAAAUUACAAAACUUGUUUUCCAGGCAAAACGUGUAAGCUAUGGAGUGUGUGAAGUUUUACUUGAUUAUGUCUACAUCAGAGAAAAUAAUUGUCCACAAUUAGAGUGUCCAGCUGGAACAAGAAAGUGUAAAAAUAAUUAUUGUUAUAGUGAAUCUAAAGUAUGUGACAGAACCAAUGAUUGUAGUGAUGGUAGUGAUGAAAUGAAUUGCAGUUCUUCAAUUUCCUGUCCUUUCAAAUCAAAAUACUAUUGUGGUUAUAAAAUUGUAAAUGGAUGGAAACAUGUAUUAAAUGAAAAUGUGCCACACUUUGCUGUUCCUGGUAGUAUGCUGAUUGUAAGAGCAAAAGGGAAAAUGCUAUCACCCAUAGAAACAUUGACAGAUUCAUGUGUGAAAUUCCAAUAUACUUCAGCUUCUGAUUUAACUGGAAAUUUCUCAGUUAUUUGGAAUCAAUGGAAUGUUACUACUGGAAUUUUACAUCGUCAAACUUGGAGUGAAUUAUAUUUUAAUGACAUGUAUGGAUCUUAUGAAGGACAACUCCAGUUAUCUGCAGGGAAAGGUUUUCUUGAAUUCAUAGCAGAUGUUGGGUCUGCAGGUCUGGCAAUUAAUAAUGUUACAGUUUUUGAAGGAACCUGUCCUGAAUUAAAUUGCUCAACGAAUAGCUUUAAGUGUUUAGACAAUUCAAAAUGUAUCAAUAAAAGAAAUCUAUGUAACAUUUAUUGGAAUUGCAAUGAUGGCAGUGAUGAAAAAAAUUGUUCAAAAUACUUCAGUUGUGAUUUUGAAGAUAUGUAUAUGUGUGGUUUUAAAAGUUUCCCAGAAAAAUAUUGGUUCUUGCAUACAGGCCUUUCUGGUGAAAGACCAAAACUUGAUCAUUCAGAAAGAAGAUUUAGUGGUCAUUAUGUAAUGUCAACUUCCAGUGAAGAUAGCUAUCUAUUUUUCCCUAAAAUAAGUAUUGAAGACACUUCCUGUCUUAACUUUUAUUACACGUUUUUUGGAGAUGGUAACGUAUCAGUUUAUGACAAUGAUACUUUCCUAUUGAGCCUUUCUAAAUUUGAUCCUGAUAUGUGGAGAGGUGUCAAUAUUACACUGCCCAGUGGAAGUCAUAGCAUUAACUUGCUAUACUCAGGUGGAAAUAACAAGAUUGGAGCAGUGGCACUUGACAGUGUUUCAUUAAUCCCAGGAAGAUGUAUACUCAAAGGUUGUGGAAAGGAUUGGUAUCCAUGUAAUAACAACUCUACAUGCUAUCCUUUCAUUGCAAAAUGUGAUGGCAUACAAAAUUGUCCUAAUGGAGAAGAUGAAAAUAAUUGCAAUGGUACAAAACGACCAUAUAGAUUAGUUGGUGGUAGAAGUUUGCUGUCAGGAACAGUGGAAAAGCUUUAUGGUUCAACGUAUUACCCAGUGUGUGCAAAAGUAUAUACUAAUGAUGGGCUAAAAGAUAUCUGCUCUCAAUUUGGUGCCAGCGUCACUGUAACACACCAAUUAUACAGAGCAUAUAUGAGAGGAAGUUACUAUUCUUGUUCUUCUCGAUAUUCUUUUACAUGCUCAAGGUACCGAUGCUCCAGUCGUUGUUCAUGCAACUCGCUGUAUUUGACUUGUUCUGAUACGGUUUGUGAAGAUGGUGAAGUGAAAUGUCCUUCAAUUCGCAAUGGAAGCACACAUAAAGAUGUAUGUAUCCGCCGUGAAAGUUUAUGUGAUGGAGAAAUUGACUGUGAAGGUGGCACCGAUGAAAAGAAUUGCGCUCAAUUUGAAGACCAACAGUGGCAAUGCAGAAAUAAGAAAUACAUCGAAAAAGGUUUACGUUGUGAUGGUACAAAAGAUUGUGAUGAUGGCUCAGAUGAAUUCAAUUGCUUUAAAUACAUAAAUGGAACCAUUCAAAUCUUUUACAAUGGCUCAUAUAAAUAUAUAUGUGAAGAUAAUUUGCGAAAUAACAUUGAAGCAAAUCAAUUAUGUUCCACUGUCGGAAAAGGAUAUGGAAGUUUUGAAAAUCCAGUUUUGGAGGACGGUGUUUUAUUCACACCCAACAACAGUAGCAAUAUGGCACUGAUUCCAGGCUUCAAUGCAAGUUCCUUGCAGCAAUGUAAUGUCACAGUACUGAACUGUAGUGAACAAGGUUGUGGAGCUCGAAAGAUAGAAUUGUUUGAAUCCAACAUAAAGUAUGGGCAUAAUGCUUUGGAAGGUAAAUGGCCAUGGGCUGUGCAAGUUUAUAGGGGUCGCACUUUUGUUUGCACUGGUAUAUUGAUCAGUAAUGAAAUUGUACUUAGUGCAGCUCAUUGUUUCCGUUCAACUUAUUAUUACACUUACUAUAUAAGAGUUGGAACAACAAAGAAGUUCCAAGGAACAAGGUAUAAAGUGGACCGAAUAUUGAAGCAUCCCAAUUAUAUAAAUUACAGAAAAGGUUCUGAUAUUGCAAUACUUUACAUGAGAUCUGGAAUUAAGAUGUCAUCUUAUGUGCAGCCAGUUUGUCUUCCAGAAGGCCCAAUUCCCAGAGACAGAGAUUGCCAUAUUACUGGAUGGGGUAAAAAUGAAAACCUUGAAUUUCCAAAGAUUUUACAAGAGGCAAAGGUCUUUGUGUUAGAUAAUCUUAUCUGCAAAAAACAUUUCUCAUUUUUUAAGAAUACUACAGUUUGUGUUAAUAAUAAGGAAGACACUCAACCAGCCUGCCAUGGUGACAGUGGAGGCCCACUAUUAUGUCGUGAUAUGUAUGGUAAAUGGGUAGCAUAUGGUGUUACAAGCUAUGGCAAGACUUCAUGUGCAGGACGUAAAUCAUCUCCAGCAGUAUAUACUGAUAUCUAUUCAUUUAUGCCAUGGAUUAUCAGAAAUAUAUAAAUUUUAUACAAAAUGUCUCUUAUGUUAAAAAAUUUUUCUGUAUUUCAGUUUUAACUUAGAUCAAGUUCAUUAAAUAUUUGAUAUUUUUGCUUA